AGACACUGACCCAUUUUUCCCACACACACACUCCACACACUGUGUAAUGUAGUAGUGUGUGUGGUUGCAGCUUUCCACCUCCCUCCAUAUGCUCCUGUGUUUGAUGUUUCCAUUACUGAAGCAUCAAUAAAUAAACCCAACUUAUUUGUUCACCUAUCUUUGAUUCUUGAUUCAUUUUCUCUUUACCCUUUUUCCCCAGCUUUUCUUAACCACUGAACUCAAAAGCCAACUUUUUGACCUUCAUUUAAGGUUGAAAUAAUUGAACUUUAUUGGGGUUUUGGAGGGUUUGUGUAAAAUUUACAAAGGAAUAUGAGCUUUGUGUUUGAUCUUCAAAAGGGUCAUUUCUAUACAUACUGUUGACUUUAUACACUGAAAUUAUCUGGGUUCUUGAUAUAUGCUCAGGUUGAGUGAAAUUGAUGUGGGGUUUUACUGUUUGUAUGUAAUGUUCAUGAAUGAAUAAAGUUUAUGUGUGAUCUCAAAAGGGUCAUUUUUAUAUAUGUAAGUUUGUGUAAUGGAGUCUUGGAGUUAUGUUUCUGGAGAAAGAGGGUUUGUGUCUGAAGAUUCUGCUACAGCCUCAGAUGUUAUUGCAAGAGAUAGAAAUGGAUCAAUGGAUUGGGAAUUUAAGUCCCUUUUUUAUGGUAGUGAUAAUAAUAUUGAAUUAGGACCUUCGAGUCAAGAGGGAAUUGAAAGUAUGGGAAUUAUUGAUUUGGGUGUCCAAGAAACUAUGAGAAAAUCUGUAUCUAAUGGUUCAAUUAAGGAUGCUUAUGGUAAUAAGCUAAAUGGUAUAAGAAUGUUCGAAAACGCCUUUUGGGGAGGAGAGGAGUCUAAUUCUAAGCUAUCAAGCUCAUUUGUGGAAUUCACUGGUGCAGAGUCAUCUCUCAUUGAUUUGAAACUAGGAAGGUUUGAUGAUCAAAGAGAUGCACGAAAAUUGUCUGCAUACCGGGUAGCUCCAAGCUCGUGUUCGAAUGAUUCAGCGUCUAAAACGGGGAAGAGGAUGCGAGUAGGGGGGUUGAAUUCUCUUACUCCUUAUUGCCAGGUUUAUGGAUGCAAGAAAGAUUUGAGCUCCUGCAAAGAUUACCACAAGAGGCAUAAAGUUUGUGAGGUUCAUUCCAAGACUCCCAAAGUUAUUGUUAAUGGCAUUGAACAACGGUUUUGUCAGCAAUGCAGCAGGUUCCACUUGUUGGUUGAAUUUGAUGAUGGUAAACGUAGCUGCCGUAAACGCCUUGCUGGCCACAAUGAGCGGCGCAGGAAACCUCAUAUGGGUAUGCACUCUGGUAGAUCAGGGAGAUUGUAUCAGACAUAUGGUAAUGGUUCUGCUGCUAGCAGGUUUCAGGGGACAGUUGUUUCCACACUAUCUUUCAACCACCAAGAUAUACUUCCAGGUUGCCUUCCUCAGCAACAAAAAAGUGAGAGAAAUUACUGGCCUGGGCAUGUGAAACUUGAAGAGGGGGCUGAUUAUAGUUCUCAGUCAGCAAUUACUGUUGCAGUUGGAGGAUUGCAUUCAAAAUCCCUUUUUUCAUCUUAUGGAUUUGAUAAACAUUGCCAACCUGAAGAAAGGAUUGGAGCAUUUGAAGACUUAGGAAGCAAAUCCAAUGGAAAUCGUGACCAGUACUUGGUUCGAAAUACCUCAUUCGGCGGAGAAGCUUAUAAUAAUUUUGACUCAACAGUGACUGUUCAAGCGCUAUCAGGGUUUUCCGACUCUGGUCGUGCUCUCUCUCUUCUGUCAUCUCAAUCACAAACUUCUAUGAGUCACACUUCAGGAACACUCAUGGCAUACCCUCUGAUCAGCCCGAGCAGUCACGGGCACUAUAGUGAAACUCAAGCAUCAGAAAAACUCUUGGGAAUGAGUCCUCAAACUUCCAGAAAUGAAAUGUCGAACAAGUUUGCUUCAUCUGGGAUAAAAUCUACAGAGAAUCACUUAAAUCAUAUGAUCACUACAAGUGGUAGCAAUGCUGUUGUCAACUAUGGGAUUGAUGGGAUGUUCCACGGGUCCGGUUACAUGAAUAGUAAGGAACAACUUUCUUGUGAAGGUGGUACUAUUGAUUUGUUGCAAUUGUCAUCACAACUUCAGCAAGUGGAGGAUCAAAGGCAAUCUCUGCAUGAAAAGCCUGAAAAUGAUUCUUUUCUGUAGUCUCCAGAAAUCAUACAAGGUCUGUAAAGAAGGUGCAAAGUGCUAAAGCAGUUCUUAACUGGGAAGAAAAGGAAGAUAUCUCAGGCUUAGAAGUAGAAGCAGAAACUUAGAUGGUGUCUAGUUAUACUGAUCAAGCCUAAUACGCAUAGCACUCCUCUACGGAUAUUUACAAGAAGUUAUUCAUUUUCUCGUAGCUCGACAUAUAUUUAGUAGUUGUGGUUCCGACUCUAUUGUGAAUGAUUUAUCGUUGUUCUUGAUCACUCCAUGUUGUGAUACAUGCCAUUCUCUGAAUUGUCGAUUUUCUUAGAGAGGGAGAUGGCUCAUAUUUAGUGUAAUAGAUUCAACAGAAGGGACUUUCUUAAGAUUGCACCCUUUUAGGAUUUCUUGCAUUAGUCAAUGUUAUUGGUGCUCUUUGAUUUUUCUGUUGA